CUCGCAUUUAUUAUAUAAUUCAAUGACGGUUUAAAAGAAAGGAAUAGUAUAGCAUUUUUAAUCAAAUUCGCUGUCUUCUUUUUCUAUUUAUCUUCUUAUUCUUGUAAUCAAAAGAUAUUAAGAAUGUUUUGUUGCUGUCAAGUAACUUAGGUUAGAAUUGUACUAUCAGUAUAUGUCAGUAUGGCUGUGUUCGGGGAGCUCACUAUCAGCGCUAAAACUCUAUAGUCAUGUCACCUGUCACGUAUACUAUAGAUUUUCAGCGCUACAUAGCGCUAAUAGCGUCUCCCCGAACGCACCCAUGAAAACAGUUUCCCCAAGUUGUCGGCGCUUUCUUCUCAAAAAUGAAAUAGAAAAUGGCGCGAAGGAAAUUGCAAAGAAUCGCCACUGUGCAUCAACUGGUGAUGUGACGCAAUGGUGCAACCAAGGAUCUGCGAUGAUUGUAAUUAAAAAUAUUGUAUGAAUCUUUGAAAGAAUCUUUGAAAGAUGUUAUAUCUCGGGACAUCGCUCUCCAAAACGCUUCGCAAUGCACUGUUAGGUGUAUUAUUUAUACUAUUCUUCUGUGAAUAUCUCAUAUAUUAUGUAGUACUUAUACAGUGUGGCUGGCCUAUCCUGGAAGCUCGGAAGGAAGAUCUUACCGUACAUGCGAAAGCGACGGACACUCCUGUUAGAGCUAUGUUUAUUGCGGACACACACUUGUUAGGCUCCAGAGAGGGCCACUGGUUUGACAAAUUACGAAGAGAGUGGCAGAUGUACAGAGCAUUUCAAACUAUGAUGACACUGCACAGGCCGGAUAUAGUAUUCAUACUAGGCGACGUCUUCGAUGAGGGGCAAUGGUGCGGUGCUACGGAGUUCGAGUAUUACUUAAAAAGAUUCCAUUCUCUGUUUUACGUGCCUGAGGGCACGCACCUCUAUGUCGUCGCCGGAAAUCACGACAUGGGAUUUCAUUACGCAAUCACGCCGUAUCGCAGUCAACGCUUCAUUAACGGUUUGAAGAGUCCGAGCGUACGACGAGUAAGCGUAAGAGGCAAUCAUUUCGUGCUGAUUAACAGCAUGGCGUUGGAAGGUGACGGUUGUUUCCUGUGCCGGCCAACGGAGAUCGCGGUGAAUAAGUUAGCCAAGGAUCUGAAAUGUGCGAGGAAAAUGAGCAACGACUGCCGCAACGCAAGCGCGAUUUCUAGAUACAGCAGGCCCAUAUUGCUGCAACAUUAUCCAAUGUACCGGGAGUCCGACGAGAUCUGCAAUGAGCUGGAUCAGGCUCCGGACGAAUUAAGGGCCAUCAAGUUCCGAGAGCGAUGGGAGUGCCUGUCGAAAGAGGCGUCGGAACAACUUCUAGAUAUCCUGAAUCCGCGACUGAUAGCUGCCGGCCACACCCAUCACGGCUGCAGAAGGAUUCAUCGCGACGACGUGUUGGAAUUCACAGUCUCGUCCUUCAGUUGGCGUAACAAAGUCAAUCCUUCUCUCCUGCUGGCUAUCGACGAGAUGGAGCAGAGGGAUCUCCCACAGGCGUUCCGCCUGCUGGGAGAGAUGAACGCCAACGUCCUGCAGGUGAACCAGCUGGUGGACAACAUGCUGGUUCGCGUGAAGAACGGGGAAAUUUCCACGGACAAGGGCCUGAGCUUCUUGGAGAUGAAGUAUCACAUGUUACUCUCGUAUCUCAUUAAUCUGACCUACGUCGUGCUGAGAAAAUGUUCCGGCGAGCGUAUCGAGGGGGACCCGUCGAUCGACCGCCUGAUCGAGAUCAGGACUGUUCUAGAGAAAAUCCGACCAAUAGAUCACAAACUAAAGUACCAAAUAGAUAAGCUCGUCAAGACCGCCGUGACCGGCACCAUCAACAGCGACGAUCCCAGCAACUUCAAGGCGAAUCCCGAUGCACUGGUCGCCAAGCUGGACAGCGAGGACUCCGACAGCGAGCAGGAGGAGGAGAUGGACGGCUUCAAAUCAACGACGCAGCAAUCCAGGAAGUCCAACGUUUACGUGCCGCCGAAACUCGCUGCAGUGCACUAUGAUGGUGACGAGACAAUGGCGGAGAAAAUUCGCAAGGCCGGCGAGAGGGCUCGCAGGCGCGCCGUGUCGAACACUGUCCUGCGGGAAUUGAAGGAGGAGUACUUGGAUGCGCCUGUGGAGGACAGCCAGAGCAUGGGUGAGAAGCGCGCGAUCCUGGUGCGCGAGGACAAACGGAAGAUCGAGUACGAGGAGAACUACAUGACGCGUCUGCCCGUCACCAAGCAGGAGAAGCACAGGCGUCGUCAGAUGACGACUCUCGGCACACUCGGCGACGAGAUCACCACUUUCGGAGAGUCAUCCUCCAAGUCCGCCAAGAAGAGAAAGGUUCAGAGAAAGGGCAAAGCUAAAAAGAAAAAAACGGCAUCAUUAAGAAGUGACAUUGGGACUUUGGCGAGAUCCGGAGUUUCAUACAGCAUUUAACGAUUAAGGUAAAGAGCGAAAAGGGGAAAAAAAAAGAAAAAUGAAUUUACUCGACUUCUUCUUCGAAACAAAAGCAGAUGCCACUAAUACUCGUUACUAAGUUAAGCUAAAAAUAAAACGUCGUAACGUCUAGUAAUAAAAAGGAAAAAAAAAAAGAAAAAGACAACGUGUGUCGACGGUGGAGUAAAAAAAUAGCACGAUGGUAAUUUAUUACUGUAUAAGACAUACUAAUGGUCGUGUAAUUGAUAAUUCUAGUUAAUAAUGAUUUUAAUCUUUAACUGUUGUCCGAGAGAUCAAUUUUGAUCUGUGGAGUUUGGGGGGUACAUAAGAUCCAUCGGGAACGGUAAUACUUGAUGAAUGCGCGGUAAAAAGAAAAAAAGAAAAAAAAAACCCAAGAAACGUCAAGCAUACGACGGCACAUACGAGCUUAAUGGAAAUUAUGUGUCGCAAUAGCGUAUAUCGUAAAUAACGUUGGAUCGAGUGGCGCGGAUUUAACGGGCUCCAAGAUUGAAAAUUGCGAAUUACACGUAAAAGUUGAAAAGCAGAGAUAUUGUUCUGCUUUAUUUUGAAAUAUUCUCCGGCUAUAUAAGGAAACGAAAAGGGUACAUAGGAAGGAUUGCGGGAGGAGGAAAAAAAUCAGUAAACAUAGCAGGAGAGACGAUAUUGAAUUAAUUGUUAACGGAAGCGUAAAAAUCACAAGACAUUCAACAAACUGCACAAAAACCAAAAACAAAAGAAAAACGAGUCAGGAUACUCGAAAUUGAAGAAAAAAGAAAAGAAAAAGAAGAAAAAAUUUCAUUCUCCGGAAACUGCACGCACUCGGCGCAACUUUUAGGAAACAGGCAAAGAAAAAAAAUGAAGCAAAAACGAUGUUUCGUCGAUAUCGCAUGUCUUAGGAUUUUCUCGCUGUCUUAGUGUAGUGAAGUAGUUACUAGUUUUACUAUAUUAUAUGUAUGUUUCGUUUGUGUUUUUCCCCUGGUGAAACUGUUGAGGCUAUUAUGAACAUUUUGGAUGUGAGUCAUGUUUUUACGUUAAGUCUCAUUUCUCUUCUUUUUCCUUUUUUUAUUAUUACUACAAUGUGCUUGUGCAUUGUAUAUCUGUUGUCUUUGUGUUGAAUUUAAGUCGUUAAACUUAUAUUGAUGGUAAUAUAAGGAUAACACGAGCGUGUCAAAAUUCAAAAUUGUCGUCAUGUUCUCAGAUUUGAUUUCGAUUGACUGAUUGUUUAAUUUCUCAGACCCGAAGAAGGAGGGGGAGCUUGUCAUAUCACACGAUACGGAUAUACGGUCCGACGAACGAACGAACGGACGGACGGACGAACGAACGAACAAACGAACGAACGAAAGAAGACUUGAAGCGAAUAUCACUUCUGCAAAUUGAUAAAUAUUUGUACAAUCAAACUGCGCGCGGGAGGGAUGGAAUCGUUGUUGCCAGUCCCUCUUAAAUAGGUUGCAUUCUUUUAACGUUGUUAAACGCGGGCCCUCGCUUCGUGGCGGGACCCGAGUGUGAUGUUCCUUUUCGAAGUAGCUGAGAGAAAGCGGGGAGAAAGAGAAAGAGAGGCGUGAACGAGGGUGAUACGUUGUUCCACGCAAAGGACACGUACGUGUUUAGAUGUAUACGUUAGCCGCAUUGCUCAUUCCAUGCAGAAGUGAUCCCGCGAGAGAUCCCUUGCUAGAGGUAAACUCGACUUAAUUCGCUGCGUAUGCUGGCCAGGGGCUCAACCAUCUAUAGAUAUUAUAUUUUUUACAGAAGUGUUCAUAGAUUGAGCCGACUUGGCACGGCGCCGACGAUGUGCCACGCGCCUCCCCCUCCCUCCGACGAUCUUCGCGUGGACGAUUAAUUAAAAGAAGAGAAAAAAAAGAAAAAAUGUGAUAAUGAUUAUUCAUGAAGUAAUAGUUAAAGAGAAACUUAACAAAAUAGCACAAUCGCUGGGCAUUAUUUACAAAGUGCUAGCAAGCCUAAUGUCAGCAGCCUUGUCGUAUUUGGUAUUGAAAUGAAGUGUUGAAAACGCCGAAUUGCGGACGGAUUUGUCGCGGACGAGUUCUAUUAAGGAAAACAAAGAGAGAACAAAAAUAAAACGCUCUUCGCGUACAACUGCGCGCGGCACGACUGAGAUACUCGCGCGCGCGAGUGGAGUCGGGACUCGAUGGGGGGUCUCGAUGGGAAUUUGUCCGACGUUCGGCUUCCUCAUACUCCAUUGCAUAGACGAUAAUUUCGUGAAGCACGCCUACGGCCGGCGCGAGCCGCGAGCCCAAAGAGAGCCUCUCCGUCGUUUUUUAUACAGCUUCGCUGGAGGAUUUCGAUUACUGCCGUACGCGUCGAUGGAUCGGGCCGGUCCGUCGCGCGGUCCACUUGCAAUAGACGAAGCGUAGUACAUAAACUCUCUCUCCGAUGGCCUGUACCAUUUUACAACAUUUUCUAUUCACGAUGUAUCUGCGGUCCGACACGCAUACUGGUUUUUUACACACACGCGUACACAGCUUGCGCGGGCGGGGCGCUUGGGCUGGCGGUCGCAGCGCGGUAGACGUGCGAAGGAGUAUUCAUACGAUACACACAUAUCCACACAUGCAACAUAUAGCAGCAAGGUAAUAGGAUUACAUUGACUACACUACCUCAAAUCAAUAGAAAUAUGGAUUUACAGUAAUAGCAAUUCCGCGGCGGCCACGCUCGCUCUCUGUUGUUACCGUAACUUUGCCCGGAUCCCUACUCGAUUGUCGUUACGUUGUGCGCUGUCAACUACCGACUGGUUUUCCUUUACGCGUGUUCCGCACCGAGCUUCGUUGAGAGCCGACGUACGCAGAGUCUUGUUCGCCUUAAAUAUCAAUUCUAUCUGCCUAGUUGCCUGCCCGACCCUGGGAAACGGCUGAAAUUUUGUAACGGGAAUACCGCACGGGUAGAGGAUAGGUCCGGAGUACGAGUAUCGUUUCCUGAUUUGCGAGAGCCUUCUCACUCGCGUGAGUGGGAGUUCUCACAACCGGUGCUCGAGACUUUUGUUCGCUCCAAGUCGGUUUCAAGUUUUUAACAGAAGGGAGCAAAGUGGGAACCCGAAACUGGAAUUUAUUGAGGAAGAAGAUAAGAGUAGACGCACUUUAUAUCGUUGUUGUUUCUUGUGCAAUCGAAGACUCGACUGGGCCUCUACCUGUAUUUCCCAUGGUUGGCGGGAGAAAGGACCUACAAAUGUACAAAUGUAUUAUGGGAGGUGUCACGGGAACGCGGCCGCUGUGGACUUUUAAAAAGAAAAAAGAGAGUAGUCCUUCAAAUCCAACAACGCUGCCGAAUGCCGAACUGAAAAAAAAAAGAAAGAAAGAAAACGAAGUAUCAAGAAGUAUCUUUGCAGCAGAGAUGAUGAUAGGGAUGAUUUAUUGACUACAUUCAUAGUCUUUGAAGGUGUACGAUGUUUGAUUUGAUAUAUUGGUGAAAUCUUUCUGUAAUUUUAUGUACACUAUACAAAUGUGACAAUUCUCAACGUGUGAGCGAGCGAAUCUGCGAGAGAGGAGAGCAUGAGAAUAUGAGAAUGAGAGAGAGAGUGAGAGAGAAAGAAUUUACCUUGUACAUUUACAAACUGUGGUUAUUACGAAUGAAUUAUUAUGAUUAUUAUUAUUAUCAUCACGAAUUAUACUAUGAUUAUUAUUAUCAUCAUGUAGAAUGCUUCUUACUGACUGAAUAAAAUGUUUUCAAUGUCAUAAAA